UACAAGCCCAAAUGACAAAUGAUAGUUUCUCUAAUGUUGCUUUCUGUUUUGUUAUUCUUUUUCUUGCUUGUGGUGGUGGAGGAAUGCGGUGGGACUCCUAUUUGUUUUCAAUCCCUUCACCCUUCUCUCUCUCUCUCUGCACUUUUCCCAUUCAUAUCUUAACCAACCAAACCUAAUUCACUCGCGUCGCUAUCUUUUUUUCCGUAGCCACGGCGUUGCACCUGGCGCGAGGAACAAUUUGGGAAUCUUGAAAUUGCGACGAACAAACGUAGGAGAUGGGGUCACCAAAUGAUAAUGCCAAUUGGGUAUUUGAUUAUGGCCUAAUAGAGGAUAUUACUGUCCCUGGAGGUGACCUCCCUUCUCUUGAUCCCCCUGGAGCACUCUGGUCUUCUCCUUCCUUCACUAAUAAUGCUUCUCUAAGAAUGGAUUUUGAUGGCUCGUAUGCGAAUUCUGAUGGUCUAAAAGAUAGUGGAUCUCGAAAACGGGUGAGGCCUAGAUCGUGCAAUGGUCUUGGUUCCAAGGCAUGUAGAGAGAAAAUGCGGAGAGAUAGGCUAAAUGAUAGAUUUAUGGAAUUGGGUGCUCUUCUGGAUCCGGGGAGGCCUCCUAAAAUGGACAAAUCUGUCAUAUUGGCUGAUGCUUUGAAAAUGUUGAAUCAGCUAAAGGAUGAAGCUCAGAAGCUGAAGGAUUCAAAUGAGAGUCUGCAGGAUAAGAUCAAUGAAUUAAAGGUUGAAAAGAGUGAGCUCCGCUAUGAAAAGCAAAGACUAAAGACAGAGAAAGAGAACCUUGAGCAGCAAGUAAAAACCUUGAGUGCUGGAGCAGGAUUCCUGCCUCAUCCUCCGGCUAUCCCAGUCCCAUUUCCUUCCCCCAGCCAGGUUGUUGGUGGCAAGCUGGUACCUUUUGUUGGCUAUCCCGGAGUUCCCAUGUGGCGGCUUAUGCCUCCCGCAACCGUUGAUACCUCACAGGAUUCUGUUCUACGCUCUCCAGCUGCGUAAGUUGGCGGGCAUGAGUUUUGAUUCUUCUUCCCUUCAACAGGCGGAAGACUUUUUGGCCUUUGUUUAUAUUUUUUUAAACCCUAUUAGUUGUCAUGUUUUGUGGUGGUUCAUUUUUUCUUAUUUUUUUAAAAAUUGUACGAAUUUUAGAUUGCCAUUUGCCCAUUCAAGUAAAAUGAAUUUUACAUAA